GCAAGCGGCAACGUUUGCGGGCAUCAAGUGAAAUACUGCUGCAGCAUCUACCGAAUUCCACUGACGGCUUCAAAACCAAUUAUCUAUCCGAACUGGUACAGCACAUAUGAUGGUCGUCCCAGUACGUUGGUGCCUUCUGUUGAUGAUUGUCACAUUCCAUUCGUCACCAAGCAGCGGAUGGCUUAACAACAUAUUCAAAAAGAUACGAGAGUGUCAGAAUAAACGGAAGGUUGGCCUCACUGGAAGGAGUCACGCAGAUAUCGUCGCCGCCGCGAAAUUGUGGGCGCCGGUUGUCCGGUUGGCCGUGGGAGAGGAAUGGAAACCAUCCAGCGUCGAUUAUUUCCUCCAACACGUCAACUUACGCGGUGGCAGUCCGACUUUCGUCACUCCGAGCACACUGCCCACCUGUAACAGCAACUGUUACCUUGAAACUAAGACGCCGUUAUCUUGUCCCUCGUGCCGAGAACCUGCCGUCUUUAAAGGUCAGGAUCCUGCCAGCGCCCCAGCAUAUGCUAUAUACGAAGACAAGGGUAGCGUUGUUGAAAUCACUUAUUGGUUUUUCUUUCCAUACAACAGAGGAAAACGGGCGUGUGUGGGAUUAUAUUUUGAUAACGUAUGCCCGUGCGUCAAGGCGUGGGGCCAUUGCCUAUGUCCUCGAAUUAACGGCUGCGCAGGAGGGUAUUCAACCUUUGGUAAUCACGUUGGAGACUGGGAACACGUAAAGAUCAAGUUCAAUAAUAACAAAAUUUACUCCAUAUAUUUGUCGAUCCACGAUUCUGAGAUCACUAACAAAUAUGGUGGAGAGUUUUUGUGGAGUGGUAGCCAAUUCAAGAAAGGGGAUCGCACCGUUUAUACCACUGAUUGCACACACCCUCAGGUCUACGCAUCCAAGGGAUCCCAUGGUAUCUGGCCAAACACAGGGGACCACGUGUACAAGAAGCUUUUCAACGGAGACAAGUUGAAAGAUCUCUGUAGCGCGGGAACAGCAUGGAAGACUGCAGAUAACCUCAAAGUUGUCAAGAUGGCCGCCAAAGGACAGUUUACAGGGGAGUUUAGUUUCCUUAACUUCAAGGGACGUUGGGGAAAUCGGGAACGUAACUGCCCUAAACUAAUUGGUCAGUGUGUACUUGAAAAUGGGCCAGGUGGACCACCUAAGUAAGAUGUCAGGGUUUGAGUUACAAAACCUGAUUCUGAACUAUGCUUUGAAGUAAAGACGAGUAAAAUGUCUCGAAAAAAUUGAAAAAAAGUCCCACCAUAUACAAUUAACCGUAUAUUAUCUGGCGGUAUCAUAUGCUUGAAAUUGUUUGUAGUACAAGUUCUACAGUCAGUGUGCCCUGUAAUGUACUCAGUGCGCAAUUGUUGUUGUUUAUUUUAGUUCUGAACAUUUUUGCUCAUAUUCAU